AUGGGCGGCUUUGACCUGGGGCCGGCCGCCCCCCUGGCCGCCCCGAACGGCCGCGCCGCAGGCGGCGGCGGCGGCGGCAGCGGCGCGGUCGGGAGCCCCGCGUGCGGGCUCGGCGUGGCACAGCCAUGGCGCACGAUCAGCCUGCCUUCGGACAGUGCUCCCCGCGCGGAGGCCUCUGCCGCAGCAGCGCCGCGUGCGGCGUCACGGAUGCGCGUGCCGCCGGCGCCCCAUGUCGGCCCCGCCGCCGGGCCCGGCUGCGCGCGCUCCGCGCCGGCCGGCGCGUCCGGCUGGGGCAGGGGCGGGCUGCCAGGGGGCUCCCCCUCGAAGGCCCGGAAGGGCGGGGUCCUGUUGGGCGGCUGCGCGGCGCCGCGCACGCACUGGGAGUUUGAGGCCGCAGUCAUGCUGCUGGGCGGCCACUGGCCCCCGCGCGGCCUCCUGUCCGGCCGCUGGCCGCCCUGCGGGGACAGCGGCGAGGGCGGCGGCGAGGGCGGCUCUCCUGAAGGCUGUAGCGGGCGGCGGCGGCGCGGGGGCGAGGGCGGCGGCGCGCGGAAGCCGGGGGAGCACUGCUUUGUGGUGCAUUGCAACAGCGUGCGCCAGGUGGCGCGGGUUAUUGAGAUGCGGGAGCCCGGCGGGCGCGCUGGCGCCGGCGGCGCCCCCGCCUCGCCCCUGCCCCGCGCUGUCGCCGCCGCCGCCGCGCUGCUUCAGGCGCCGCCGGGCGGAGCCGCGGGGCUGGCGCCUGAGGGGCCAGGCGAGCGCGCCGCGCCGGGCGUGGCGACGGUGCGGUUCCGGUUUGUGCACCGGCCGGAGUGGCUGCAGGCCGGGGCGCGGGUUAUUCUGAGGGGGCGUUCCGACGGCCAUGUAGCAGCAGCCGGCUGCAUCACGGCGCUGCUGCUCUGA